UUUAACGCCUUCAAAGCGCGUCUCAAGUCUGUUUCAGUCGCAAAGCUGUCAAAGGAAACAAGGAGUUACGCACCAGAGUCGCAGAUUACGCGGGAUUAGAGCAGCCCAUAUACAAAGUUGCUUUCUGUUGUCUUUGCUUUGAUGGCAGGAGUGGCUUGAUCCUAAAGCAGCUCUCCAGAUCAGAUUUCACCCAAACCAGCUGUGAGAGGGAGCUUUGCCUUUUCUCCCCUCUCCCUCUCCAUGUUGUAAGCGAGCUCCAGAAAUCAAGAAAGAAAAGGGGGAGUGACGGAGAGAGUUCAAGGGGUUUCUGAAGGAAUUUUCUGAGAUAUUCCUUCCGUUAGGCAAGCAGAGAAAAAAGUCUCCAGAGUCUAGAGAACAACGGCAAGGAUGGAUGAUCAGCCCCGGUUGAUGCACUCCUCUCACGGGGUGGGCAUGGCCGGACACCCUGGCCUGGCGCAGCAUAUGCAGGAUGGCACAGGAGGAGACGCCGAUGGAAGAAAACAGGACAUUGGAGACAUAUUACAACAAAUCAUGACCAUAACCGACCAAAGUCUGGACGAAGCACAGGCGAGGAAACAUGCACUGAAUUGUCACAGAAUGAAGCCGGCUCUUUUCAAUGUCCUUUGUGAAAUAAAGGAAAAAACAGUAUUGAGUAUCAGAGGAGCUCAAGAGGAGGAGCCACCAGAUGCUCAACUCAUGCGCUUGGACAACAUGCUGCUAGCUGAGGGCGUGUCUGGACCUGAGAAAGGGGGCGGGUCUGCCGCAGCUGCGGCCGCAGCCGCUGCGGCGGGUGGGGCCGGGGCAGAUAACUCGGCCGAACACUCCGACUACCGGGCCAAGCUGUCCCAGAUCCGUCAGAUCUACCACACAGAAUUAGAGAAGUAUGAGCAGGCGUGUAACGAGUUCACCACCCAUGUAAUGAACCUGCUGAGAGAGCAGUCUCGCACCCGGCCCAUCUCGCCCAAAGAGAUCGAGCGCAUGGUGAAUAUAAUCCACCGCAAGUUCAGCUCCAUCCAGAUGCAGCUCAAACAGAGCACCUGCGAGGCCGUCAUGAUCCUACGCUCACGCUUCCUAGACGCCAGACGAAAAAGGAGAAACUUCAAUAAGCAGGCCACAGAGAUCCUGAACGAAUAUUUCUACUCGCACCUCAGUAACCCGUAUCCCAGCGAGGAGGCCAAGGAAGAGCUGGCAAAGAAAUGCUCCAUUACAGUGUCACAGGUAUCCAACUGGUUUGGAAACAAGAGGAUCAGAUACAAGAAAAACAUCGGCAAAUUCCAAGAAGAAGCCAAUAUGUACGCUGCCAAAACCGCAGCAACCGCAACCAGCGUCUCCACCCACGGCAGUCAAGCCAACUCGCCUUCUACACCAAAUUCAGCCGGUUCUGCUGGCUCUUUUAACAUGAACUCCGGGGACUUGUUCAUGAGUGUGCAGUCUCUGAAUGGGGACUCAUACCAGGGGGCCCAAGUGGGGGCCAACGUUCAGUCACAGGUGGAUACUCUUCGCCAUGUUAUCAGUCAGACAGGCGGAUACAGUGAAAGCCUGGCUGCCAGUCAGAUAUACAGUCCACAGGGCAUCAAUGCAAACGGCGGCUGGCAGGACGCCCCAACACCCUCUUCAGUGACCUCACCCACGGAAGGACCCGGGAGUGUCCAUUCUGACACCUCCAACUGAUCACCAACAUCCAUCCAUCCUCACAAAUACGCUAGAUCUUCAGACUGCUCUCAAUAAAGAUCUGCUACUCUCCGCAGACCGCGGUUAAUAUCCCACAUACACGGUCAUCUACAACACCUCCUUAGCACCAUGGAACAUUUGGGAUACAAGAUUUUCGAAACAAUUAUGAAUUUAAAAAGAAACAAAAAAUAAAAUAAAAAAAGAUGUGUUUGUACAGUUUUCACAGUGUAUUUUAGGUGUCACCGGAUGACUCCGGAUGACUAACUAACCAGUGACCGUUUCAUUCUUUCGAGGCGAUUGAUAAUGAUGGAACCACCAGUCAUUGUGUUUCAAUUGAAAUGCUUCAUUCUACCUCUCAGCAAAAGAAAAAAUGAAAAAAGGAUGAAAUGCGAAAGAAAUUUUUGUUUUCUAAAAAAUGUUAUUGAUAACAGAUGCCACUUGGUCAUGUAUAGCGCUUGAGAAGAAGCUCUCAUUAUCGGUAUGUUCAAUCAUACAGUAAUUGCCUCUUUUGUUCGGUUAUCGCUAGUAAAAGUGAACAGUUUAUGUUAUGACUUGUUUUUAAAGACGUUUAGAUUUCAUGUCAGCUGUAUCGAUAAAGGAAUUCCUUUGACAAUGUUCACCCUGAUAUAAACAAUUUUUAUAGAAAACCCAACAUUAAAUUGAAUGUUUGGAUGUCUCUUACCUGUACCUGUACCCUAGCUAAAGAAAACACUUUUGCUUUCAGCUUAGAGUGCAGUCUAAACACAACUCUGUCAUCGUAGAUUUCAUUCCCACUCAUUUCCUCACGCUGUUUGUUUUUGAGUCAAUGAAAAUAUAACUCAUUUCGGAAAUGGCGGAAGCAUCAAGUCAUUAUAGUCUAUAAUGACAUUUCCUCCCCGCUCUCACUUCAGAUUGCUUUCAAAUGCUUUUUUAGUCUCCUACUCCCUUAAGUAAAGGAAUUUGACAGCUAUAUAUUUUCUUUGUUUCUUGUGAUUUAUACAGACAGGUGCCCUGUACUACCCUAAGUUAUAAAAAAACAAGCACUAACUCUGUAUGUUGUUCUGAAUUUGUUGAAUUAGUUUUAAGCUCCCUUUUUGUUGAUUGUUCCCAUUGACUUUUACCUGACAAAAUAACUGAUAACAUAUUAUUGAGCCUAUACUUUCAUGUAUGAGAUCCAACUGUGAGUGUACAGUUUUAGAAACAAGCAAGAUCGCUGGGUGUUAAACAUUACAGCCGAGUGUUGCUCUUAACCAAAAUCUUUUAUACUGUUUAAACAAUGUAAAAGACACAAGAGUUGUUUAAAAAUACUGAGCUUCAAAUAUGAUUGUAUACGUUGGGAUCUGACCUAACCCUUAUACAAGUGUUUCUCAUCAAUUUGUGUUUCGAUUGAAAAAAAUCAUGAUUGAUGUUGCUAUUCUGUAUAAUUGAAAAAACACUGUUGAAAAAUCCAAUAGUUAACUAAUUUUUGUUGAAAAUAUAUUCCUGUCUGUCAGGGCUCCGGCUAAUGAAGUUUGUUUUGCAGUACAUUGAAUCAGAGUCCAUUUAAAUGGGGAAGUCAUUAAGUUAAUACGAUUUGGACAUUUCGACAGUCACUCUUAGCUGUGUUGAAGCAGGUAACUGUUUAACUCUUUAGUGGACCCUUUGCCCCCGAACACAGAAAUCCAGCUUGUCGGCUUCUGAACACGUUCCAAAAGAUGACCUGAAUUGAGGCCAGUGAACCGUUUCUGCUCUGAUGUAUUUGUAUCAUUAUUAUGAUAUUAGUGUCUAAUAUCAUAUCAUGGCUCUUUAAUUUGUGCUCUCUAUCAAGUGUUUUACAAAAACAUUUUUUAUCAGUUUCCAAAAAAGAAGUUACAUCUGUUUAAUGGAUUUUUGGGGGAAAGCAUUUUGGAAUGUUCAUUAUUCACUAUCAAAACCAAAAAUGUAAAAACUGCAAGUAGCUCAUGUAUAUAAGAAACUGAAAGAUGUGACAAGUAUUUCAUUGCCUUCAAUAAUGGCUUUGAAUUUUUUCGUUUUUAUAUAUUUUUCUUGUUUUUCCUUUAGCUCUCAUUAUUACUUUCGUUUUUUGGAUUUGAUAAUCAUGUUAGUCCAUUUGAAAAUACAAACAUAUGUCAUCUGUUAUUUGAAUGACAUUUAUGACUCAAAAGAACUUUUGCUGAUGGUUGCCAUUGUGAAAAUGUAUAUAUUUUGUGAAAUAGACUCGACCGCACCUGCUAUAAAUGCAUUAUUAGACUACACAAUUAUGUACCAUAUGAAGCAUUGAAGCCCAGACAAUUGUGUUUGGGUUUCCCCCACAAUUCCCACAAACUUUGUCUCAAAAUUGCCAUGAUUAUCAUCAAUAAAUGUUGUAUUCCUCACUGAACAGUAUUGAUACACAUCAGUAUGUAUUGUGUGAGAUUCUCUGUUUUGUUAAUAAUUUUUUAUAAAGGCUUUACAGGGUUUGGCUAUUUUCCUCUUGUCCAAUUCAUGCUUAGGGGCCAAUUUACCAGUGAUCAAGUAAAAGAAAUAGGGAAACGGGAUAAGAAGGCUCAUUUGGGAUUAGUUCAAUCAAUUUCCAUAGUUUUGCAGACUGCUGGUCUAAUAAUAAUUUCCUAGCCUGAGAUUUUAGGUUCAACCCUCAACAAAUGAUCACAUUUUACUUUGUUGCACGUGUUUUGCUUACAAUAAAAUACUGCAGUGUU